CCAUGUCAACCAAAGUGUGGGGGUCAAACGUUCAGCAUUCAGGAGCAAUAUAGGAGGUAAAAUUGGUGAUAUACUAUAGCAAAGCUGCAAUAUGGGUCUUUUACCUCAUUGGGAGCGAACACUUUUCUCCGAGUUCUCGAUUGUGAAAUGAACUCGUGGAAAACACAUACCAUUUCAUCAAUACUUUGGUUGAGUAAUAAUAGUAGAAGAGUACCGUUGGAAACUCCGCCUACUCCAUCCUGGGUACGAGCUGGGCCGGGGCUCCCAUCACCAUCUCUUCGGUGUGUAUAUCCAUGGCCCCAGUGAACUAGAUUCUCGUUAGUCAACUAGUUCACCUCCUACCAUGUGUGACUGUUGUUCUUGCGAAUUAUUUUUUCUUGUACGUUUUUCUAUAAAAAGAGAGAAAGGAUUAUUUUCAAAAAGUAAAUGAAGUGUCAAGAGUAUAACGUGGCGUCCAACACGGCCGUUUUAAUGUCGGCACGCCCAAUGACGUGGGCUCAAAGGCGCCCAUGUCGAAUGGAUAACAGUUCCGUUCAAGGUACUUUUUUAUUAUUAUUUCCCAAUACACAUUUCCGAUUGCUUUGAUUAGAAAAGACAGAAUUUAUCCUCCUUUCAUGGAAUGGCCAAGAUUCCUAGUUGUGGGUGGAGAGAGAAAGAGUGUUGUUGUUGCUGCAUCCUAUUUGCGUUAUAGAGAUAGUUGGAAAUGGGCGCCAAGGUUUCUCAGCUUCGCGUAACGACCGCUACAAGUCCCCUCUGUCGUCUAUUUUCUCUCCCACCGAACCCAUAACCGAACCUAGUUGAUUGUCGAAGACCAUCACGAAAGCACUUGUCCAGCACACUGUUCGGUUGCUUCGAGUUUUAUUGAAUUGAAAUAGUAGUGAAAUAGGAAAAAGUGUUUUAAGGAAUGAAAGAUGGAUCGUUUCGGAGAAGAAGAAUGGCCAAUUUUUAAAAGACUUUUAAUUGCAGUCCCUGAUAGUAAUGGUGUGAAUUGAAAGUGAUUUUGUGUGUGUGGAUUUCAUUUUUUCAUUUAUUUGAUUUUAUUUAUUUUUAUAGCUGUUCGAUUAGGUAAUGUACCGAAGCGGGAAAAGGCCAAGAUUUUGGCGGCCAUGCAGUCGGUGAACGCAAGACUGACUGAGCGUUCACUUCCGGCCGAAUUUGAUGAUGAAGUUCAGUUAUUUCAAUCUGUCGUCUUCGCCCACAUGGAGACGUGCGAUUUCACCCGCAAAAAAGUCCAAAUUUUGAACAGCAACAACACUAGCAGCAACAACAACAACAAUCCAGUCCUAAUCAUCACCGUCGAAAGGCUCAACUCCAUUUUCCUCCUGCUGGAAGCCUUCGGCAACUGCCACACGGCCAACAACACCAACGCCACCUAAUUCAACAACAUCUUCUCCCUGGACUUUGACCAGUCGUGAAAAAUUGCGGCCGCAUCCAUCCAGGUGCUGAUGCCGGAGCGGGAGCGAGUCACACGCCAGCCCGACGGCGAACCUUCGUUGAACGUCUAUUACGAACUGGUGGCCGGCGCAACGUUCGAGCUCAGACGCUAUUUGCAGCUAGACAGCGUCAGCGGUGGCGGCCCUAACACCGAGCCGUGCGCCUACAUGACACCGCUGCAGUCGGCCGAGGAUCGUCGAUGCAUCUGGUCCAUCUUGGACGCCAUCUACUAUCUGGGUGUGGCCGGAACCAUGCGAGGUGUUACCAACAACAAGAUCGUUUUCGCCCGACCGGCUGCCGCCCAGCGGGCCGCCAUCCUUUUGGGAAUCGGAUCCCUCGAAGAUUUGGUCCAGUUGGCCUUUUACGCCACGCACAAUCCGUCCACGACAACCACCACGACGACGUCUUCGAUGGCGACCACUUUCCAGGACCUGUGCCACAACUACACGCAGGAGCGCCUGCAGCUGCUCUUCCACGAGACGACCAUCACGGCCCAGCUUAACCCAGUUUAA